ACUAAGACGCCCCCGGCUCACCAUUCCUGCGAUGAAGGGCACGCACCGGACCUGGUAUCGCUCAGACUAUCGGCCGCCUCCGCGCCCCGCCCGGCCCGCCCUUCCGCUCGCCGCCAUUCCGCCGGCCGCCCUCGCCGCCAUUCCCGGCCGCAACUCUCGCGCGCAGACGCGGGGGCCUUGGGGGGUCGGGUUCAAGGGGCGUAGGCGGCGGCGCAAGUGCUGGCGGCCGACGAGCGCGGCCUACAGCCGGCGCGCCUACAGCUUGCGCCACGCCGCCACCCCGUCCCUCGCCUCCCCCUUCAACCUCAUCCCGUACGGCAGCAAUCUCCCUUCGGACGGAGGGGAGCCGGCCGACUGCGACAACCUGGGGUGGCUCGACCUGUGGGGCACGAUGCUAGGCGAAGACCUCGCCGCCCCCCCGCGGGCGGCCGACGAGGCGGAGCCCGAAGCGGCCUUCUGAAAAGGGAGCGCGCAGAGACGACCCUCUCCUCCCCCCCCUUCUUCCGGGCCUUCGUCUCGGGGCCCUCGAUCCGGACCCUUUCUUCCGGGCUCGCGCCCCCGCCCCCGCCAGCCCCACGCGCGGUGGCAUCAGGGCGCGCGCUACCCGUCACAGGCUUCACGGAGGCCUCCUUCGGCCAGAAGCCAGUCGGCGGGUGCCGCGCCUUGCGGGCGUGAGCGUCUCCCCCCUCUGCGCCCUUCUACGCGAGGGGAGGAGGUGAGCAGAGCGCUCGCGCCCUGCCCGCUGCCCGCGUGCCGCCUCGCCUCCCAAGUGCGGUGCGCUUCCCGGUGGGCUGACCCACCUCCGUUGCUUUUGCAGCCUGGCACGCGCCAGCCAGAGCGUGGAGCCCGCCGGCUGGCUUCUGCCUCGCCAAACGGGACGACGCCGCGCCACCCGCCCGCCCGCCGCCAACCAGCAGCUUUGGGACGCCUCGAAGCCAGGGCACGGUGGCCUCCCGGCCAGCGCGCCGCGCCGCGGUAGAGUGCUUGCCUUUUGCCAGUCUUGCGCAGCGGCUAUAGCCUUAAGGGCAUGAGAUUUCUUUUAACAAAAUAAAUAAAACGGC